GUCUGUCUUUCGUAAUAGUUUGGAAAUAGAGUUAAAAAUCUUUAAAAAAUGUUUCAUUCGACUCGAAGGUAGUUUUCUAUGGCUGGUGAUGUUUCAUGAUAUUAGAAUUUAUCAAUAAGUAACUUCAGAUUGUGUGUUGUGGAAGAUGUAAACAAAAUUUCAUAUGAUCCACGUCGAGACAUGGGUUCCAGAGUAAGAGACACUGUACGCUUCUUGUUCGAAUUAUUUUGUGAAGUAUCACCUGGUGAUCAUCUGAGGGAACCUUAUGUCAUAAGGAAAUAUCCAGAAACAUAUAAAAAUGAAGAAGAGUUAAAAAAUAUUCCAAAAUUUACAUUCCCAUGUCAACUAGAAAAUUUGUUUGCACAGCACUAUUCAUUUGUGCUGACUUCAGAGGACUCUAAAUAUACAUUUUGUUUCUGUCGAUAUGAUCCUAAAGCCAACACAGCACUUGUGUUACUGUCACAUCUACCAUGGCACGAUAUAUUUUACAAGUUACUGAAUUGCAUAGCGAACCUGAUAAACAGUCCAGAACGGGGUGAAUUAGCAUCAUUCUUGGAAGCAUGUCGAAUACGUCCACCUAUGCCCGGCCAUACACUUAAAGUGACCUAUAAUGCUGGCCACAGCGUUUUCACAUGUCAGUGUCCAGACAACAAACUACCAAGUAUUCCAGAAAAUUGCAAUUUAACGGAAUACUUUAGUGCCAUGGACACGAAAUGUAUGGCCGGGCUAUGGGCGGCAUUGCUGCAUGAGCGCAGAGUUGCAAUAGUAGCCUCAAAACCUUCCAGGUUAUCAGCUUGCGUACAAGCAGCUAAUGCAACGUUGUUCCCGAUGUCUUGGCAACAUAUAUUCAUUCCAAUUCUACCAAAACAUCUUGUUGAUUAUUUAUUGGCGCCCAUGCCAUUUCUUAUCGGAGUUCCUAGGAGUGUGAUGGAGAAUGUAAGGAUGUCUGAAAUAGGCGAUGUGGUUAUAUUAGACGUAGAUGCAAAUGAGCUUAAAUCACCAUUCAACGAUUUAGAAGGACUUCCCUCUGAUCUGGUCUCGAGCUUAAAGAAGGCUUUAAGUGAUAAGAAUGCAUUGGGUGAUGCAGUGUCUCGAGCGUUUUUACGUGCCCUAGUUUCAUUAAUAGGUGGAUACCGUGAUGCUAUAAAAAUUGAAAAUGGCCAGCUGAUUACCUUCAAUCCGGAUGCUUUUAUCAGAACCAGAAAGAACAUGCAACCAUUCCUUACAAAAAUAUUACAAUCCCAAAUAUUCCGUCAGUUUAUCGAUGAAAGACUGGAUUUGCUGAAUUCAGGCCGCGGUUUCAACGAUGAGUUUGAAAUGGAAUGCAGUCAUUACGCCGAUAAGCUAAAUACAGGGAGCGGGCAAAAAUUAAAACAACAAUACAGAGAUUGGGCCAAGACAGUCAAGAAGGAAGGCGGUGCCUUUUUCAAGACUGUAAAAGAUAAGGCGAACCCAGCUGUGCAAUCGGCGGUCAAAACGGUCCGCCAAGGAGGCAAGAAUGUGAAAUCUGCAGUAAAAGGUCUGAAGAAUAAAAUACCCAGGACUGGUUCCCGCCCGUCUUCUAUAAACACUACCGAUGACAGCAGAUUUUCGUGUGGGUCAGCAACGCCAGUGUCGUCGGACUCGUCGGAUUCGUCACCUUCGAACAAACCCCCGCUGAGCCGGCCACUGCCACCCCGCGAGCCUCCGCCCGCAUUGCCUCUCGAUCUGCUCACCGAAAUGGAGUUCCUGUUCGACAGUAAAAAAACACAACGACGUGACAGCUUCCCAAAUAGUUCGCACAACUCCGACAUCAGUCUUCCAGAUAAAGCAAAAACACUGUCACCAUGUCUCCCACCCCGGUUACCGGAACGUCCCCAACUCCCAGUCCGUUACCCAAUCAUUUCCACGAGGAAACUAAUUGAUUUAUCUGAUGCGCCCAUGCCGCCGCCGCGUGCGACACCCACUUCGACGCUCCAAAAUCUACACUUUGUCAGUAACAUCACAAAAAAUGAUGUGAAUACUACACCAGACUUUCACACGACCACGAUCCGCUUCACUGAAGGCAAUGAUAAAGCAAAAUUAAAGUUAACCCUAUCAACGAAUCAAAGGAAGGUGUCACUGCCGACCACUCAGUCGCCAUGUAACGGCACAGCGCCGAAACUCACGGUACCCUCUGUAGGUAGACCGAGCCAAGAGGGCGUAAGGCCCAGGCUCGUCGUGGGACCCAACGCUGAACUACCUUCGUACAAGGGAAAAAUUCAAGAGUCGUGUGGCUCUGAUUCUGAUCUCAUUAAACUGGAUGAUUCGCCGACAAACCUAGAAGAUUUCGAUCCGCUCAAGUGUCGUGAUAAAAAUCAGAAAGUCGAACAAAUCAAAUCCACAGACAGUGCUCUCUUACACGAAUAUGGACUAGAUUUUAGCCAAUUUGGUUUAUUAGACUAUUCCGCAGGUUCGAGCGCGCGACAGGAUUCCAACACUAGUGUUCCCAAAGGCUGGACAACAUUUAAUUAAUUUAUCGUGUCGUUCUCUUAGUGUUUACGUUUACUGAUGUAUAUUUGUAUGAAUUGAGUUAUUAUUAUAUAUUGUGUAUUACGCUUAAUUUUGUUUUAUAUUUGUUACAUGUUUAUUUAUUAUAGAUGAAAUGAUUAUAAAAAGUCUUUAUAAUACUGUACAUAUCAAUACUUUGUAAAUUACUUCAAAUUAUCUGUAAUAUUUGUAUCUGUAUAUUAUGUGCUGUAGACGAUUAUUGUAAGUUCCAGGUGUAUAAUAAUAGUAAUUUUAAUAUUUAUAAUACAUAAUCGUUCUCAAUGAGCGAUGUAAGUGCUUCUAUCUCUUCAGAAUCUUAAAUCUUUGUUUAAUGUUACUUGUGAAAUGUUUUGUUCUUAAGUAUGCACUUUUAUUUAUUUUGAAUUAUGGUGUAUUUAAUACAAGCCACGUGUUUGAUUUAUCAUAGAUUGAUGAAAUUUUUGAAAGACAUCGUAAAUACUAAAGCAAAUACAGACAAGACAUAUUUUGUAAGACUUAUAACUUAAAACACACAUUACCUAUUAUCAUACAGGGUAGAAAAAACGACACAGAUUUUAUAUGUUAAAAUAUAUGUAUAGAAUAUAUUUUCACAGCCAAUAAAAGUAAAGAAAUAUUUUAUAUAAGAACUAAUAAUAUAUUUUAUGAGAUACCCUAUAAAUAGUAAUAUUCUAUAUACAAAAAAGAAAGUAAAGUAAUUGCUUGCAUAGUGGUGUGGAAUCGUCAACUAGUGACAUUUAGACUCAGCAAGCUUUAUUAUAUCAAUUACAUUUUUUAUAUUUUAUUAGAAGGUAGAUCCUUGCUCACAUUCUUAUGCAUAGGUGCCAUAUUCAUAGGUAAAUGAUGAUUAAAUUACCAAUAACAAAUAAAAUCUUGAUACCAUGUGUAGGUAAAUAUUAUAGAAUUGUUAUAGAUUCUGUGUCAAAAUUAGUUUCUUCCACCCUGUAUGUCAAAGUAAUUCAUUCUGUGUAUUCUAAUUAUGUAAUUAAAAGUACAAUUAGCUGUUUAUAAGAUAUUGGAAUUAUUUUGUCUAAAUCUAUAUUUAUUUAUAUAUUACCAACAUUUAUAAUAAUAUAAAUUUUAUUUAUUAAGGUGCUUCGUAAAAAUAAGUACUAAGCUUAGCCUACAUAAUUGUAUAACUCUUGUGCAACGAUUAAUGCACUAGCAGAGUGCUAUCCGUAGGAACCUACCUACUAACGCUGUUAUUCUAGACAUCAGGCCAUCCAAAAUAGGCGGAAUUUUCACAAGCAAGUACCAAUGUCGUUGUCGAAACUUAACAAAUUAUUGUUAUAUAGGUGUCAAACUAACGAAUGUGCCGCUUACUACUUCAACAGUUGCCUUCUUAUUGAAUACUCGCAAUUUAGCCACUAAAAAUUUAUACACCUACACUGAAAAUAGAAAAAAAUAACUCUUGAAUGGAUUGCCAACUACAGUAAGUGGCUUUACUGUGUAGUACAGAAUGUUAAAUGUUAACAAACAAAUUCAAAGAUUAUUUUAACUGAAGUAAACAUGAAAUUGUGAGACUGAGCUUUGAUUGUGUCAACGUAUGUAGGUAGGCAAGUGAAGUCGCAAAUGCUGGAAACUGAGUAGAGCCAGGCCCGACACAAACAGAGAGUCAUGCACGUGAGGUACAGCGUGGUGAUGUGAUACAUAUACACCCAAGAACUUACUAAACGGCACAAAAUUCCAGUCGAUGUCUUAAAUUCUGUCUCUUCUUAAUACUUAUCCAUUAUAACAACAAAUUUGGUGGCGUUUAGUAAGUAUUUGGAUAAAAAGUACUCCAAGAACCAGAAUAGGUAUUGCUAUACCUUCCAGGAUCGAAAUUUUGUGGCUAUAAACACUCAUUAUGUCGUAAUAAAAGAAUUCGUGUAGGUACCUAAAUCCCAUGCUUAUUGAUCAAUUAAAUAGUGUACUAAAUAAUACAGUUUGUUUGUCUAACAAAUUGUAUUAAUGGGCCUGGCUAAAGAUAAGCUACGUAUCUGUGUUUAGCCGUUAUCCAUUCGAUAGCAGUGCUAAUGACACUUAUUGUAGUUACGUACCUAAUUACCUAUUGUGAUUCGGAAAAGUAUUUCCAAUAACUAAUAAAAUGAUAGACAAAAAUA